AUUAUGGAUGUCGACCUUAUUCAACCAUUGGUUGGCCUGAACAUGAAAAUUUAAGAGAUGAACGUGUCGAAGCAUUUCGAUCGUUAUUAUGGCCUGGUGUGUAUGAAUGGAGUUAUAUAAUGCGUGCCACAUGUGCUGGAAUAUUUGUUAUUCCACCAGCUAAAGCUGAAGAAAUGUAUUCACCAGAAAACUUUGGUCGAUGUGGAACAGAAAGAGCUAUAAUUGAAUAA